AUGGGCAACCCGGAGGAGCCCGGGGCGAUGACGGGCACGGGAUCGGGCGGCCUCGCCAGCAACAGAUUCUCUGCAGACACGAGCCAGCUCCGGGUCCCUGAGUCAGACCAGUCCCACACCACGACCGCGGACGGUAUCGGUAGCGAGGGGAGAGGCGCGAGAGGCCACCCCAUGCAGGGCGACCCGCGCUACUUCGUGCUGCAGCCCGACCGCACGCCGGUCGUCCGCGGCGCAGAGCUCCACCCCCUCGCAGUGCCCGCCGACCUCGCGCUCGUUCCUGGGCCCGCGGGCCGCGCCCCAGAGGCGCAGCAGGACGACGGCGCGUGCGACGACGACGGGGACCCGUGCUCCCCGGGCCUGUCCUCGAUCGACGCGCCGGACAUCGACGACGUCCCCAUGCCGCUGCCGCCAGUUCCGACCACGCCGCCUGCGCCACCGGCGGCGCCCGGGGUCGUCGACGAGGCGGCUGGGGACACCCCCCCGACGGAGGGGCGCGACGUGCGGGUCCCGGAGCCGGUUCAGGAUCAGCUGCAGCACGCGCUGGAUCAGGUCGAGAGGAACAUGCAGGAAGGGGUCGACGCGGGGCUCGCCGACCUCGUGCUGGCCGCAGGCGGCGCUCUGAUGCAAAGCGGCGGCGCGGCGGCUGCAGUGCCGCCUCCGGCCAACGCCGGGGCGGGCCCUGGCGGCAGCAAGGAGGCGGCGACGGACGUGGACCAUCCGUUGCGCCCACCUGCUCCGUCUGACCGGCAGGCGGAUGGCGUCAGGGGGACUGAGUCAGCCGGCAGUCCCCUGGAGGGGUCUGCCGGCGCGAGUCCGGCGGCUGCGCGGGGCGCGGGCGUCGAGGACGUGUCGAUCACUCUGCAGGAAGAGGCGAGCAGGGCGUCGCUGACUCCGGUGCCCGUGUCGGACGCGCACCGCGCCCCGUCGCCGGCGUCUGCCAGGGCGAGCAUGGCGGCACUGUCGGGGCACUCCUCGGCGCGCACGAGCCAGCACACGGCGAAGAAGCAGAAGAAGAAGACCCCGUUCACGCGCUGGGUGCCCGUCGUGCCGCGCGGCGCCGACGGCGCGGCCCCCCAAGGUGCUGCGCCCGCGGGCUCGCCAGACAGCUUCUCCCUGCACGAGUUCCCGGGGCUGAUGUUCGACGACGGCAUCGACUCGUGCGGGCGCCCCGUGGUCGUGCUCGACUUCGCGGCGUUCCCCAGGGGGAGUCUGUUCACGUCAGGCAUGGCCGAGUGCGUGCGGCGCAUCGCCCCGCUCGCCUACUCGGGGGACUACGUGCUCGUCAUCGUCGGGUCCCCGGGACACUCCCUCCCCCUGUCCUACGCGCUGUCCGCGUACACCAGCCUGUCGCGCCCCAUCCGCAAGAACAUCAAGCACCUGGUUCUCGUCCGGCCGUCGUGGACGCUGCGAUGGGUGAUCAAGCUGCUGUCUCCGUUCGCCAAGGCCAAAGGGCGCGCGAAGCUCAAGGUUGUGCCGACGUUGGAGGAGCUCGGCUGGGCCACGGAGGGCGAGGUCCUGCCCUCGCAGCUCGGCGGCUUCAACGCCCCCCGGAUGUGA